CCUUUUCGAACUUAGAUUUUCUCGAAAGUAUGAGUAGCGUUGAUGCUUAUGGGCCCGCCUCUCAGUCGUUGACGUUUUUGGAUCCUGAAGAAAGCACCGACCUGAUCGCCGGCGCCACGCAGGACUCGGAGUUUGAUUUUGGCGAUUUUACGGUGCCUUCUCAAACGCAAGGUAGUCAACUUGAAACUCAGUCGCAUUCACAGACUCUUGCAAACGGCAGCGACCAUGACAUAGACUUCCUCGGUAAGAACACCUCUGAGCUGACAUUCCAGGAUGAGGAUAACGACGACGACGAAGCAGAGUUCUACAAGAAAGACCUGCCGGAACAUGCUUGCCGUUAUUGCGGCAUUCACGAUCCGGCCGCCGUUGUCCACUGCAAUCAGUGCAAAAAAUGGUUCUGCAAUGGACGCGGCAACACCUGCGGGAGUCACAUCGUCAAUCACAUGGUCAGGGCAAAACACAAAGAGGUCACAUUGCACAAGGAUGGACCCCUCGGCGAAACCCUGCUCGAGUGCUACAACUGCGGCUGUCGGAACGUAUUCCUGAUCGGCUUCAUUUCGGCCAAGGCUGAUUCGGUUGUCGUCUUACUUUGCCGCCAACCUUGUGCUUCUCAAAGCAGCUUAAAAGAUAUGAAUUGGGAUCAGUCUCAGUGGAAACCGCUGAUUAGUGACCGUCAGUUCUUGUCAUGGCUGGUGAAAAGUCCGUCCAUACAGGAACAGUCUCGCGCGCGGCAAAUCACUGCCCUGCAGAUGAAUAAGCUUGAAGAAUUGUGGAAGGAUAGUCCAGACGCGACUCUGGAGGAUUUAGAGAAACCAGGCGUCGAUGAGGAACCGGAGCAAGUAUUGCUAAGAUAUGAAGACGCGUAUCAGUAUCAGCGCGUAUUUUCGCCUCUGAUAGAACUCGAGGCAGAGUACGACCGGAAGUUGAAAGAGGCACAAACGCAGGAGAACGUUUCUGUCCGUUGGGACGUUGGAUUGAACAAAAAACGACUAGCCUAUUUUUCGCUCAGUAAGAUGAACGAAGGAGACAUGAAACUGAUGCAGGGAGACGAACUGCGGCUGCGCGUUACAAAGGGCCCUGAUAAAAAAUGGUCAGGCGUAGGCCACGUCAUCAAAGUCCCAGAUAAUCAUGGUGAAGAUGUUGGAAUCGAGUUGAAGAGCAAUGCAGGCGUACCAGUAGAAAUCACUCAUGGCUACUCUGUGGAUUUCGUCUGGAAGUCUACCUCUUUCGACCGGAUGAAAGCCGCUCUUCAAACCCUUGAAGUAGACGAAUCGUCGGUAUCCAGUUACAUUUAUCACAAACUACUUGGUCACGAAGUCGAUGACAUACUAUUGAAAGUACAAUUACCGAAACGUUUUUCUGCUCCUGGGCUACCCGAACUGAACCACAGUCAAGUGUACGCGGGUCCUCCUGGUACUGGCAAAACUGUGACCUCGGCCACUGUUGUCUAUCAUUUGGUUCGUCAGACGGGGUGUUCGGUUUUGGUUUGUGCUCCCAGUAACAUCGCUGUUGAUCAGUUGACGGAAAAGAUUCACCGUACCGGUCUGCGAGUCGUCAGAUUGUGCGCGAAGUCCCGAGAAGCGAUCGAUUCGCCCGUAGCCUUUCUCGCUUUGCACAACCAAAUUCGUAAUCUGGAGGGACAGACAGAGCUGCAGAAGCUACAGCAGCUGAAAGACGAGACCGGGGAACUGAGCAGUGCCGAUGAGAAACGCUACCGCAUACUGAAGAAAGCAUGCGAGCGUGAACUGUUGCAAGCCGCGGACGUCGUCUGCUGUACUUGCGUCGGAGCCGGAGACCCGCGUCUCGCGCGCAUCAAAUUUCGUUGCGUGCUGGUCGACGAGUCGACACAGGCUACUGAGCCCGAGUGUAUGGUACCAGUUGUUUGUGGCGCACGUCAGGUGAGUCAAUGGUCGAUUAUAAUUUCACGUAAUGUGUUCACCAAAAAUGCACUAUAUUGUAUAAACGCAAGAUGCAAUUAUUGACA